CGUGUGUCUCUGUGGCGUAGGACCCGGUCAGCUCUCUCUACUCGCCGCAGGGUGGGGUUUCGUGCUGUCCAAGUGGAUCCGCUGUGGACAUGGCUGCUCACUGCACCGAGACGAUGCUGACCGCCCUGGGGCUGCUCAGUGUCUGUGCGGCCAGCAGCUCGGGGUCCGGGGUUUCGGGAAAGGCGGGUGGGGAGGCAGAGUGGGCGGAGCCGUGGGACGGCGCGGUUUUCCGGCCGCCAGCUGCGCUAGGCGCAGUGGGGGUGGCGCGCGGGCCGGAAUCCCCGCCGCCGGAGAGUAAGGAGACUGCCGACCUACCGGUGCUGCUGUGGUGGAGCCCAGGCCUCUUUCCACACUUCCCGGGCGACUCGGAGCGCAUCGAAUGUACGCACGGCGCGUGCGUGGCGUCCCGGGACCGACGGUCGCUCGCCGACCCGCGGACGCGCGCACUGCUUUUCUACGGCACCGACUUCCGUGCAGCCGACGCACCUCUUCCGCGCCUGGGGCACCAGAGCUGGGCGCUUCUGCACGAGGAGUCACCGCUCAACAACUUCCUGCUGAGCCACGGCCCUGGGAUCCGCCUCUUCAACCUCACGGCCACCUUCAGCCGCCACUCAGACUACCCACUGCCGCUGCAAUGGCUGCCCGGGGCCCCUUAUUUGCUCCGGCCUGCGCCUCCGCUCCGGGAACGCACCGAGUGGCGUCGUCGUGGGUACGCGCCGCUGCUCUACUUGCAGUCCCACUGCGAUGUGCCCUCGGACCGGGACCGCUACGUACGCGAGCUCAUGCGCUACAUCCCGGUGGAUUCCUAUGGCAAGUGUCUUCAGAACCGCGAGCUGCCCACCGUGCGGUUACAGGACACAGCCACGGCUACCACCGAGGAUCCAGAACUCUUGGCCUUCUUGUCCCGCUAUAAGUUCCAUUUGGCCUUGGAAAAUGCCAUUUGCAAUGACUACAUGACCGAGAAACUGUGGCGCCCCAUGCAUCUGGGUGCUGUGCCUGUGUAUCGUGGCUCACCCUCUGUGAGGGAUUGGAUGCCCAAUAACCACUCCAUCAUACUAAUUGAUGAUUUUGAGUCCCCUCAAAAGCUGGCAGAGUUUAUUGACUUUCUGGACAAGAAUGAUGAAGAGUAUUUGAAAUACCUGGCGUACAAGCAACCAGGGGGUAUCACCAACCAGUUUCUCCUGGAUAGCCUGGAGCACAGGAAGUGGGGAGUGAAUGAUCCUUUGUUGCCUAACUACCUCAAUGGCUUUGAGUGUUUCGUCUGUGACCACGAACUGGCUCGGCUGGAAAAUGAGAAAGCCCGUGCAUCCUCUCCUGGGGACAUCCCUGUCCCCGAGCCUCACAUUGCCGAGCCCUCACACAUGAACUGUCCAAUGCCAACCCCUGGCUUUGGCAAAGUCGAAGAGAUUCCUGAGAAUGACAGCUGGAAGGAAAUGUGGCUACAAGAUUAUUGGCAAGGUCUCUAUCAGGGGGAAGCUCUCACUGCCAUGAUCCACAACAAUGAAACACAGCAGAGGAAAUUUUGGGAUUAUGUACAUCAGAUCUUCAUGAAAAGAAAUAAAAAUCUCUAACUGUC